AUGGCCGAGUCUGCCCCAAGCCCUGCCCCGGCAAUCGAUUGGGCCGACGAUACCGACGACGAGAUCGACUUUGGAGCCCCUGUCUUCUCGGACGACGACGAGCUAGCUCCCGAGUUGGCAAAGAUCCAAGCUGACAGAAAUUAUGGCGCGUCAAAACCAGCUUCUCCUCCAACCGCGACUUUGUCAUCGUAUUCUUCUUCAUCAGGACAACGGGAGCGGGAGCGGGACUCGUCUUCGCCACGGUACACGGCUGGGUUCAAUGACGGAUCGAACCGCUCGCUGGACAGGCGAUCUCAGAACGAUUCGUCGCUCCAGACUAUGAGUAGCCGCAGCAGCAACAGUCGUGGUAGAGAUUAUCCUCCCUCCUAUCGGGACUCACCCGACCCUCAUCACCAUUCGUCGUUUUCUUCUCCGAGAGGGCCGACUCCUAUUGACAGGGACAGAGACAGCAAGGACCGAUAUACCAGCAAGGCAGGUCUUCCUCCACGUCGAGGGGAUAGAGACUUUGGAGGAGAUGGUCGCGGGUCUUCUUUUGGAUCACCUCGAAACAACGACGACCGAGGAUCGGGACAGCAGCAACGGCCCGCAAGACAAGUCAUACCCUUGCCUCCAAAACCAUCUGUUACACCGGAUCGCCCACAUAUGGAUCGUAGUCGGUCGCCUUCUUACCGCUCUCGGUCUCCUCUUCCUGGAAUUUCUACAGACCGCCUCCGGGAUCGACCCAUUCAGACAAACAGCAACAGCAACAACCCUCAGAGCCAGCAGAAAACGCAGUCGCCCUAUACGGAUCAAGGACGCUCCCUCUCCCCCAGCAGUGCUCACCACAACAACCGCCAAGUAGGACGCUCGUUCAGUCCAGCGCGUCAACACCAGUCGAGGACGCAUAUGGAUCAAGUCAUUCGUGCGAACGAGCAGCAGUCCAAACGCCGAUCUAGGGAUAUGCCUCCUUCGGAUGGAGGAGGGCGCUGGGAAAAGACCCCGCAUGAGGAUAAGCCAUACCCUACCCUGCCGCCACCUGCUCCUGCGCAUGUAGCCUCGCACUCACACUCUCCCAAGGAGAAGGACGAUACAGUUUAUUUCCUGCGACGCGAAGGGCGCAACAAUAACAAUGGCAACAACAACAGUGGCAGCAUUCAGCAAAGUGAAGCGCUUUGGACCUCGGAUCUCAGAAGAGAGGGUCGCAACAACAACGACAGCAACAACAACAACAACAACAACAACAACAACAACAACAACAACAACAACAACAACAACAACAACAACAACAACAACAACAGCAACAACAACAACAGCAAUAACAAUAACAACAAUAGCAAUAUCCAGCAGAGUGAACCGCUUUGGACCUCGGAUCUGAGAAAGAACGCAGGAACAAUGUACCACGAACGGGAGAAGCUGUCCGCCAACAACAACUCGAGAAAUCAUGGCUCCAAUGCCUCCAAUGGGUCCAGUGACCGAUGGGGAAAAGCCACCCUCCAGGAUCCCGACUUGCCCUAUCCCGAACGACCCUCGCCGUCCAACAACAACCGCCAACAUAACAGCAACAACGAUGGACGUGCAAAGCACUCGAGGACACAGUCGCGUGGCCAGUCCGACAACUUCCCAGUCUCGCCUUCGCCACCCGUGGAAAAGACAUCAGCAAGGGGUGCUCGAGGUGCAAAGGGCAAGGAGCAGAAGCGUCGAUCAAAAGAUCAGCCUGGAAACGAUGAUAAGGAUGGCGGAUCUGAGGUUCCUUGGUGGGAGCAGUCGACUUAUGGAGCCAAGAAGAAGGAGGAACCAGCAGCAGCACCCAAGGAGGCACCCAAGCCAGUAGCAGCGCCAAAGGAAUCGCCCAAGCCAGUAGAAGCGCCAAAGGGAUCUACCAAGGCAGUAACCCCUACGACACCUGUAGCAAAGUCAUCGGCCAAACCGACAUCAGCACCAGCACCAGAGCCCAAGGAGGAGAAGCCAUGGUGGGAGCAAUCGACCUACGGUGCCAAGCCCAAGACUACCGCCACCUCUACGAAUGACACACCCAGCUCUCCUGCUAUGAAAUCAACAACACAUGCAGGAGGGGAACUGUCAGCGGCUGAUACGAUGGCUCGUCGAAAGGCACUCGGCGAAAAGACGUUGACCUCUGGAGUCGAAGCUCUGACACUUGUGAGCCGCGGUGACGACGAUUCCACAGGGUAA